AUGUUCCUGACGGGCAUCAUUGGAAAACCGGAGCUGGAGCAGUAUUUGUCUACCGACGAACUAGUCACAACGCCAAUGUUUGGUAAGGUAAUGUCAAGAAAUUGCUUCGAGAUUAUUUUGACAUAUUUUCAUUUUAAAGAUAAUAGCCAACGUCCACCCAACUGCAAUGACAGGCUGUUCAAAGUUAGGCCGAUAUUAGAUCACUUGCUAUCCAGAUUUCGGGAACUCUACAUUCCUGGUCAGAAUAUUUCUAUUGACGAGGGGAUGUUAUCAUGGUGUGGGCGGUUAGGGUUCCGAGUUUAUAACAAAGAUAAGCCUAAAAAGUAUGGAAUCAAGUCCUAUGUUUUGACUGAUUCUGCCACAAGUUACUGCUGGCAGCUGAAGACGUAUUGUGGUGUUGGUGCUACUUUUGAGGAAACGAUUCUAGGUUUACUGGGUAACCACACAAACAAAGGUCAUGUCUUGUUUAUGGAUAAUCUGUAUAAUUCAGUCAGGUUAUCUAAAAGACUCCUAGAGUUAGGCACAUAUGUGUGUGGUACAAUUAGGAAAACAGAGACCUGA